GGCCGCCGGCGCUGGCGGUGUCGCUGCUCCGCCGGGCCCGGCCCGGCCCCGAUCGCUGCGGGCCCGACCGGGGACCCCCGGACCCGCCGGGCCGGGCAGGGCCAGGGCCGGGCCGGGGGCCCCGACACGCUUCGGGCCCCGCGAAAGGCCGGGCCGGGAGCCUGGACACGCUCCGGGCUCCGGGGGCCCCGGGCCGCAGCUCCCGGACGGCGGAGCCGGGAGCGCCUCAGGUGGAAGAUGGGAGUGUUCCCCUCGUGUUUUAGGUGAAACCUGCUCGCCAUGAAGUCCCGAGGGGGGUAGAGGGACUGCAGUGGGAAUUCCUUCUCACUCCUCCACAACAAAUCCAACAACUGCCUGAUGGGAUUGCCUCUCUGCCCGGCGUCAUGGGGAGCUGCUGCAGCUGUCUGUGCACAGACAGCGUCCCAGACAACCACCCCACCAAAUUCAAGGUGACCAACGUGAACGACGAGGGGCACGAGCUGGGCUCGGGGGUGAUGGAGCUGACGCAGAGGGAGCUGAUCCUGCACACGCACAAGCGCGACGCCGUCAGGUGGCCCUACCUGUGCCUGCGCCGCUACGGCUUCGACUCCAACCUCUUCUCCUUCGAGAGCGGCCGCCGCUGCCACACCGGGCAGGGGAUUUUUGCCUUCAAGUGCUCCCGAGCAGAGGAAAUCUUCAACCUGCUGCAGGAGCUGAUGCAGUGCAACAGCAUCAACGUGGUGGAGGAGCCCGUGGUGGUCACCAGGAGCAGCCACCCCUCGGAGCAGGAGCUGGCCCGGAGCCCCCAGGGCCCCCCCAGUCUGGGCUACACUGGACUUCCCAAUGGAUUUCACAGCUUCCCUGGAGAAUCCCUGUCCCGCUCUGCAGCCCGGCCCCCCUCAGUGAGCAGCCUGAGACCUCCCUCCGUGGGGGAGGACUCCACCCUUCCCCUCCUGGCGCCAGACGAGCAGUCCCACACCUACGUCAACACCGGGGAGCCGGAGCCGAGGGGCCGGCACCGUAUGCACUCCUUGCCUGAAGCCCACCCUCCUUUCCCCCCUAGGAACCACAGCUGCUCCCUGGAAGACCGAAACCCCCAGGUCUUCCUGCAGCCAGGGGAGGUGAAAUUCGUGCUGGCUCCCACCUCCGGCUACCGCCGCCUGUGCCGGCAGCCCCGGCAAUGCCGGCCUCACCUGUGCCCCCACAACAACAACAACAACGAGUGCCAGGAGGGCUGCCCGUCCCCUCAGUGCGUCUACGAGAACCUCAACGGGCUGGUGGCCCCCAGCGCCUCGUCCCUGUGCCGGGCCGGCUGCCCCAAGGACGACGGGAGCCGCUCCCAUCGCCGCUCGGCGCUGCUGCACUACCAGAACCUUCCGCCGGUGUGGGAGCUGCAGCCGGCCCGGCACAGGGACGAGGACGCCGGCACGGCGCCCACGCCAUCCCCAAAUGGCUUCUCCGAGGCGGGCGAGGAGGAGCCGCUGCAGAACGCCGGGAGCGCGGCCCCGCAGCCGCGCCGCGCCUUCCUGCCCCGCGCCCGGCGCAGCCGCCUGCCCAGCGUCUUCAGCUUCGACUUCCCCCGGCCCUGCCCGGAGCCUCCGCGCCAGCUCAACUACAUCCAGGUGGAGCUGGAGCCUGAGCCGUGCCCGGGGCAGCAGGAGCCCCAGCUCUGCCAGCACGGCAGCCCCGGCGCCCGCCGCACCGACUCGUACGCCGUGAUCGACCUCAAGAAGACGGCGGCCAUGUCCAGCCUGCAGCGGGCCCUGCCCAGGGACGAUGGCACCUCGAGGAAAACGCGGCACAACAGCACCGACCUGCCCCUGUGAGGGCCCCAAGUGCCAGCCCCGUGUCGUGGCUUCGGUCCUGCCCCAAGCUGUGUCCUGCCCCGUGUCAGCAUUCCCCUGUUUGCCCAUCCCCUCUUUGCCCAUCCCCUCUUUCCCCAUUCCUUUUUUUCCCCAUUCUCUCUUUGCCCAUUUCUCAUUUGCCCAUUCCCUCUUUCCCCAUCCCCAUUUGCCCAUUCCCUCUUUGCCCAUUCCCUUUUUUCCCAUCCCUUCCCUGCCUAUCCCCUCUUUCCCAUCCCCUCUUUCCCCAUCCCCUCUUUUCCCAUUCUCCUCUUUGCCCAUUCCUGAUUUGCCUAUUCUCUUUUCCCAUUCCCUCUUUUCCCAUUCCCUCUUUUCCCAUUCCCUCUUUUCCCAUUCCCUUUUUUCCAUUCCCUCUUUUCCCAUUCCCUUUUUUCCAUUCCCUCUUUGCCCAUCCCCUCUUUUCCCAUUCCCUUUUUUCCCAUUCCCUCUUUUCCAUCCCCUCUUGCCCAUCCCCUCUGUCCCAAUCCCCUCUUUUCCCAUCCCCUCUUUUCCCAUCUCCUCUUUUCCCAUUCCUUUUUUUCCCAUCCCCUCUUUGCCCAUUCCCCGGGGGCCCAGCGUGGCUCCUGCAGCUGCUGCUGUUGAGGCUCGUCCGUCUGUCUGUCUGUCCGUCCUCCCCUCUCUGUGUUGCUCCUUUUUCAAGCCUUGUGGGAUGUUUGGUGGCUCGGAGCGUUGAAUUCCGGGCGGGAGGUGCCAGCAGUGAGGUGGCACAGCCUGGGGUGAGGCAGGGCAGAGCCAGGGAGUGCUCCCAAAACUGAGCUGCUUUGGGAGCUCCGUGCAAAUCGAGCCCGUUCCCCGUGGAUUUUGCAUCUCCAGGAGAUCUCUGCCACUCCAGGGCUGGGGUUUCACAUUUCCAGGAGAGCUCUGCCACUCCAGGGCUGGGGUUUCACAUCUCCAGGAGAUCUCUGCCACUCCAGGGCUGGGAUUUGACAUCUCCAGGAGAUCUCUGCCACUCCAGAGCUGGGGUUUCACAUCUCCAGGAGAUCUCUGCCACUCUGGAGCUGGGGUUUCACAUCUCCAGGAGAUCUCUGCCACUCUGGAGCUGGGGUUUCACAUCUCCAGGAGAUCUCUGCCACUCCAGGGCUGGGAUUUCACAUCUCCAGGAGAUCUCUGCCACUCCAGAGCUGGGAUUCCACAUCUCCAGGAGAUCUCUGCCACUCUGGAGCUGGGGUUUCACAUCUCCAGGAGAUCUCUGCCACUCCAGGGCUGGGGUUUCACAUCUCCAGGAGAUCUCUGCCACUCUGGAGCUGGGGUUUCACAUCUCCAGGAGAUCUCUGCCACUCCAGAGCUGGGAUUCCACAUCUCCAGGAGAUCUCUGCCACUCUGGAGCUGGGGUUUCACAUCUCCAGGAGAUCUCUGCCACUCCAGGGCUGGGAUUUCACAUCUCCAGGAGAUCUCUGCCACUCCAGGGCUGGGAUUUGACAUCUCCAGGAGAUCUCUGCCACUCCAGAGCUGGGAUUCCACAUUUCCAGGAGAUCUCUGCCACUCUGGAGCUGUGCCUGGAUUUGCCUCGUGUUUCCAGUGGUGCCUGGAGAGGAGGGAGCUCACGCCGUGGCCUUUCCCCCCUCAGCUCACUGUCUGCUCCUGAAGCUUUUUCUCCUUCUGUCCCUGUCUCAGAUUCAGUUUCAAUUGGGCAGCUGCAAUUAAACGAGGAGGACACAGAGCCAUGGGCACACACUGUGAUCACAGAAACCUGAUUGCCUAAAUCCUUAAAAUUCCCUUCCCUGCUUUAGAAGAGGAGGGAAAGGCCACAACCAUGAGGGACAUUGGAGGUUUGGUCUAGAAAUCUUCACUUGUGCCAUAUCCUGCUUUGUUUUUUUUUUAUGAGGGUUCUUUUUGGCAGCUGCUGAGAAGUGCUGUGGGUUUAUUUAUUAAUUUCCUUAUUUAUUUAUGAGCUGCUCCUUCGCAUCCCAGCUCGUUGCCAAACCGGUGCCAGUCCCUGGGGCUCGCUCCAAGCCCCAAAAGAGCUUGGUGGCUUUGCUGAGCCACCAACUGGGAGGAAAACACUGUGGAAAAGAGCAGCUGGGAAGGGAGAAGGGAUGAACUCGGGGCUGGGCGGGAAAUGGAAUGGGAGCCGUGGGAGUGGGAGCGGAGCCGCGGGGCAGCCGCGCCUGGAGCGGCAUCAAAGGCGUCGCCUGCACCCACGAGCCCGGCUGGGGCCGGGAGCGGCCCCUGCUCGGUGCCAGGAGGGAAUGUGCAGUUUGUUCCCUUCACUACGGGCCUGGAAGGGCUGAAAUUCCGGGUAAAUUCGUGGCCUUUAGCUGUGGGGUUUUGUCUCGACGCCGGGGUCGCGCUGAGCUGCCCCGGGGUGUCCCCUCGCCCCUCCCUGCGGAACACGUGGCCUUUCCUUGGAUUUCUCUGUGCCUGUUCUGACGGGGAGCAGCGCUCUGGGUGCUCUGGGAUGCCCUGGGAUGCUCUGGAAUGUACUGGGAUGCACUGGGAUGCUCCAGGAUGCCCUGGGAUGCUCUGGGAUGCACUGGGAUGCUCUGGGAUGCACUGGGAUGCUCCAGGGUGCUCCAGGAUGCUCUGGGAUGCUCUGGCAUGCACUGGGAUGUACUGGGAUGCUCUGGCAUCCUCUGGGAUGCUCUGGCAUGCACUGGGAUGUACUGGGAUGCUCUGGCAUCCUCUGGGAUGCUCUGGCAUGCACUGGGAUGUACUGGAAUGCACUGGGAUGCUCUGGGAUGUACUGGGGUGCUCUGGCAUGCUCCUGGAUGCUCUGGGAUGCCCUGGGAUGCUCCAGGAUGUUCUGGAAUGCUCUGGGAUGCACUGGGAUGCUCCAGGAUGCCCUGGGAUGCUCCGGGAUGCCCUGGAAUGCCCUGGAAUGUCCUGCAGCCCCACCUCCCUGCUGGCCGUGUCCCUGUCCCUCCUGGGACAGGAGCUGGACCCCGAGCCCAGCCAGAGGCGCUGCCGAGCCUCGCGCCCGCCUUUCCUUCGACGUUUCCCGCUGCUGACGUCCGUGGAAGAGGGGAGAGCCCCAUCCCGCAGCUCCGAGGGCCGGGAGCUCCAGUGCCAGGAUUUGAAAUUCCUUUUUUUUUUCGGUUUUUUGGUGCUGUCAUGUCCUGUUGAGCCGUGACCCUGUGGGGAGCAAGGCCACGUGUCCCAAGUGUGAGUGGUGCCAUGUUUGUGUCGCAGAACGUGCAGUUCUUGGCUUGCUGUUGCACUAUAAAUUCCAAGUGUGCCACACGCUUCAAUCCACUGGUUUUUCUUUUCUCUUUUUUGGUUUCCUCGUGCUCGUCUUCCAUUCUUUGGUCCGUCCCGUCCCUUGUGUCACCUGUAACUGAAAGGAAACCCAAGUAAUAUAUUUUUAUAUGUAUAACAAAUGACUUUAUUUGAAGGAAAAACAAACAAACAACCCACACCCCAAGUAAUGUAUCCCCCUAAAUCCAGCUUUCAUUUAGGGAAGUGAGAGAAUAAAUUGUUUAUAUCUAUCUAUAUCUAUAUAUAUAUAUAUAAAAGUUAACUGCGAUAAGCUUUAAAUAAAGUAUUUAAAUAAAGAGUU